AAUUCCAGGCUAAUAACCCGGCACGGGGACAAGGCGAGGGCUGUGUGCGGUGGGAGCCGCCGGCUUAAGGGGAGGCUGGGCCGUGGUGGCUGCUCCUGGCUUAGCGCCGGGUCGGGAACGGGCUGUGCCGAGGGACGGCGGCUCCGGAAGGAAGGGCCGCACCGCCCCGACAGCCUCCCACCAUCCCUGUCCCCCCCAGAUAAAAUCUGUGACCAGAUCAGUGAUGCCGUCCUGGACGCCCACCUCAAGCAGGACCCCGACGCCAAGGUGGCCUGCGAAACGGUGGCGAAGACCGGGAUGAUCCUGCUGGCGGGUGAGAUCACCUCCCGGGCCGCCGUCGACUACCAGAAGGUGGUCCGGGACACCAUCAAGCACAUCGGUUACGAUGACUCCUCCAAAGGCUUUGACUACAAGACGUGCAACGUGCUGGUGGCCCUGGAGCAGCAAUCGCCCGACAUCGCGCAGGGCGUCCACCUGGACCGCAGCGAGGAGGACAUCGGCGCCGGGGACCAGGGGCUGAUGUUUGGCUACGCCACCGACGAGACGGAGGAGUGCAUGCCCCUCACCAUCGUGCUGGCACACAAGCUGAACGCCAAGCUGGCCGAGCUGCGUCGGAACGGCACCCUGCCCUGGCUGCGCCCUGACUCCAAGACACAGGUGACGGUGCAGUACAUGCAGGACCGUGGCGCGGUCAUCCCCAUCCGGGUGCACACCAUCGUCAUCUCGGUGCAGCACGACGAGGAGGUGUGCCUGGACGAGAUGCGGGAUGCGCUGAAGGAGAAGGUGAUCAAGGCGGUGGUGCCCCCCAAGUACCUGGACGACGACACCAUCUACCAUCUCCAGCCCAGCGGCCGCUUCGUCAUCGGUGGUCCCCAGGGUGAUGCCGGUCUGACAGGCCGUAAGAUCAUCGUGGACACCUACGGGGGCUGGGGGGCCCACGGCGGCGGGGCCUUUUCGGGGAAGGAUUACACCAAGGUGGACCGUUCGGCCGCCUACGCCGCCCGCUGGGUGGCCAAGUCCCUGAUCAAGGCCGGGCUGUGCCGCAGGGUGCUGGUGCAGGUCUCCUAUGCCAUCGGGGUGUCCCACCCCUUGUCCAUCUCCAUCUUCCACUACGGGACCUCCCAGAAGAGCGAGCGGGAGCUGCUGGAGAUCGUCAAGAAGAAUUUCGACCUGCGCCCCGGGGUGAUCGUCAGGGAUCUGGAUCUGAAGAAGCCCCUCUAUCAGAGGACCGCAGCCUAUGGCCACUUUGGUAGGGACAGUUUCCCCUGGGAAGUUCCCAAAAAGCUAAAAUACUGAGAUCUAUCUAAAAAAAAAAUCAGCCUUGUUAGGCUUUUUCCCCCCAUUCCCGUGGGCGUAGGCUACAGAGAAGCUCGCGGGCUCUGGGGGAAAGAGCUCGGCCCCCCCAGGCUCUCCUGGCCCCGUGUCUCCCCCUUUUUUUCCUCUCUCUUUCUCUCUCUCUCUCUUCGCCAUCGUUCGGUUGCGUGGGGACCACGCGUGGCCUCGUGCCUCUCCCCUGAGCUCCCCCACCCUGUGUCCCCCCGUCCCCCCACCACGGCCACUGACCUUUCCGGCUUCUUUUUAAUCAAAAAAACCAAAAUCUCGUGCGUGACGUCUGAGCUCAAGAGACGGCAAAAAGCCCCGAGUGUUUCCCCCCCCCGACCCCCAACUCUCCCUGUCCCACCGUGGCUGGUGGGGGACGCCCUUUGGGCUCCCCCCCCUCCCCGGCCGGGACCUCACUGGUGCUG